CUCUGGAACCAGGUGGACUACUUGCGAUCAGAGACGUGUGUCCCAGAACUAGAACAAAACUGGAAGGAGGAAGUUCAUAAACAGGCCACAAGAAACGUCAGAAUGCAACAUAAUAAUUUUUCCCAUCCUUAUAUCUACCAAAAUGAUACUUUCAGAUCUGAGUCAACACCUCUUAUAUCCAAUCAAAAAUCAGAUAGAGAUCACGACGAAGAAGGCUCCGAGAAUUCCCACCAAGCGCGACCAACUUUACUUAAAGUUGUGGCAAAAACCUAUUGGAAACAGUGGCUACUUGCCUCCUUCUUUAAAAUCGCACGUGACGUUUUGUCCAUGAUUCAACCGUUGCUACUUAAACUGAUGAUAGAUUUCCUUGAGAACAAACACACAGAGGACUGGCCGCUGUGGAAUGGCUGGGGACUAGCUAUCUUGUUCUUUAUUAGUGGGGUAGUGGAGUCGCUGUUCUUCACUCAGGGUGCAUUUUGUAUGAUGACCCUGGGUCUGAAAGUGAAAGUAGCACUAGUAGGACUGAUAUAUCAAAAGUCAUUGAGAAUGAAUAACGCUGCUAAAAGUCACUACACGAUUGGUGACAUUGUCAAUUUGAUGUCAGUGGACUGUCAGCGAAUACAAGACGCCUUCAUGUUUCAGUAUGAGAUCCUGUCCUUUCCCUUUAUGCUGGCUUUAGGUUUAUACCUUAUUUGGAAUCAAAUGGGCGUUGCAACUCUGGGAAGCGUGGCAGUGAUCAUUAUCAUAUCGGCGCUUAACAUACUCUUUGGAAAACUUCAACAGAAGUACCAAGGAAUCAUUCUAGCACUUAAGUCUAGUCGGAUAAAACUGUUAAAUGAGGUGUUAAGUGGUAUAAAAGUUUUAAAGAUGUACACGUGGGAGCCACCUUUCACCAAGAAACUAUUGAAUAUUCGGUUACGUGAGAUGUUUUUUCUGAAAAAAGUGUGUGUUGUCACAGCUUUCUCAACGCUUUUCUCUGUGCACAGUCCAUUUAUGAUGAGCUAUUUUGUGUUGCUGAUUUUUACCUUGACAUCAGGAAAUUACCUGGAUGCCAGUAAAGUGUUUGUUUCCCUCACCAUUAUCAACACUCUUCGCUUCUCUAUAACAAUUGUUCCAUUCGUCAUCACAGGAAUCAUACAGAUGCUGGUAUCUCUAAAAAGAAUAGAAAAAUUCCUUUGUAAGGAGGACCUCAAUCAAAAGAACGUGUCGACCUCCUUAACCACAGGGUAUGCAAUUUCUAUAGAUAACGGAUAUUUUACCUGGGACCGAAGAAAUCGGAAACCUACCUUAAACAGAAUUAACCUUAAGGUGAGAGAAGGUAAACUUGUGGCCGUGGUAGGACAGGUGGGGGCGGGGAAAUCGUCACUUAUAGCCGCCAUGUUGGGAGAGAUGGAGAAUGUCAAAGGUCACGUUAAUGUUCAGGGGUCGGUCGCCUACGUACCACAAGAAGCAUGGAUCCAAAACCUAACUGUGAAAGAAAACAUUUUGUUUGGCAGUAAAUUUUCAGAGAAGAAAUACAAACGGAUCAUUCAAGCAUGCGCACUGUUACCGGACCUGACUGUUCUCAGUGCUGGAGAUAACACAGAGAUCGGAGAAAGGGGUAUCAACGUCAGCGGUGGCCAAAAGCAAAGAAUAAGUUUGGCUCGAGCAGUCUACAGUAACUCUGAUGUGUAUCUUAUGGACGACCCAUUAUCUGCUGUGGACAGCCAUGUUGGAAAAUCUCUUUUCAAAGAGGUCAUUGGUCCAGAGGGAUUAUUACGUCAUAAGACUCGUAUUCUGGUCACGCACGGGGUACACUGGCUACCAAAGGUCGACCUAAUUGUAGUGAUGGAUGAAGGGACUAUCUCAGAAGUAGGAACGUAUGAAGAGUUGAUGCAGAAGAGAGGGUCUUUCUCAGAGUUUCUUGAAAAUUACCUUCUUCAUGAGGAAGACGACACAGACUCAGAAAUUGCAAAGACAAAGGAUGAGAUGUGGGAACAGCUUGAGUCUGUGCCGGACAAUGGAUUGUCUGCCGAUGAUUCGGAUCUCUCAAGACAACAAAGUACAAGGAAAGUAUCUUUGCGAAGAAAUUCUCGAUGUUCCAUUCCAACAGACAUAAAACUUCGACUCUCACAAUCACAUCCAAUAGUAGAAACAGGUAAUCACUUGAUGAAGUCCAUGAACAAUGCCGAAUCAAAGCGACACUUUUCGAGGUCAAACACGAAAAAAGAUUCGUCCAGACAGGACGAAAUCAACCCGCUUGAAAUACUCCAGAGAUCACCAUCACAGGGGCGGAUCCUACCAUACAAUAGUGGCGGAGAGUCCGAACCAGCAGAUGGAAAACUGAUCCAAGGCGAAAAAUCGGCGGAGGGGACGGAAUAUUCGAACCGGAAGUACUACUACCUGGCAAUUUAUACCGUCCUAGGAGUUCUUCAAGGAAUUUUCCUGUUCUUGUUUGCCUUCCUUGGACUCACGAGAUUGAUAACUGCUUCCGGAUCCCUGCAUUCCUCCAUGUUAUUUUGUAUUUUACGUUCCCCAAUGUCGUUAUUUGACACAACACCUGUGGGUCGGAUCAUGAAUCGUUUUUCUAGUGAUAUAGAUAUAUUAGAUGACCGCCUUCCUCGAACCUUCAUAUUGGGGGCUGUGAUGCUAUUUACCUUGUUAGCCAUUUUGGUUGUGAUAUCAGUCAACACGCCUGAUUUCCUAAUUGUUAUAAUACCGGUGGGAAUUUUCUUUAUCUUAAUUUUGAGGUUCUACCUCCCUACCGUCAGGCAACUGAAGAGAAUGGAGGGCGUGACCCGCUCCCCUGUAUAUAACCACUUUAGUGAGUCUAUCACCGGUGCCAGCUGUAUCCGAGCUUACCGAGCCGUGAACCGAUUUAUUACCGAGUCCCAGGUCCGAGUAGACACAAACACAACAUUCUAUCACGCCGCAAAUACAGCCUCAUGGUGGAUUUCUAUUCGACUUGAAUUCUUGGCAAAUCUUCUGGUGCUAGCAGCCGCUGUGUUUUCCGUUCUUUCUGAUACUUUAUCAGGGGCAGGGAUAGGACUCUCCCUAACAUACUCAUUACAGGUUGUAAUAUCCCUGAUGCUGGUCGUCCAGUGCGUGAGCGAGAUGGAGAUGAAUAUCGUGUCAGCAGAAAGGGUAGAGGAGUUCACGAGACUUCAACCAGAGGCUGAAUGGAUCGAACCAGAGAACCGUCCAUCUUCUACUUGGCCUGAAACGGGGAAGGUGGAAUUUAAAUCAUACUCCACCCGAUACCGGGCGGGUUUAGAUCUCGUGCUGAGAGGACUCGACUGUGUCAUUAAAGGGGGCGAAAAGAUAGGUAUUGUAGGUAGAACAGGAGCGGGGAAAUCAUCCAUGACGCAGGCGCUGUUCCGCAUCAUUGAACCAGCAGGUGGUGACAUUUGCAUUGACGAUAUGUCGAUAUCUUCUAUUGGUCUCCAUGAUCUCAGAUCCAAAAUAACAAUACUACCUCAGGAUCCUGUCAUAUUUUCUGGAUCCAUCCGUUCUAACUUGGAUCCGCUCGAGAGAUUUUCAAAUCAGGAUCUUUGGGUGGCGAUAGAGAGAGCUCAUAUGAAAGACUUUGUCACUAGCUGUGUAGGGCAGCUAGAUUACGAAUGUGGGGAAGGGGGUCAAAAUUUCAGCGUUGGUCAGCGACAGCUGGUUUGUCUGGCUAGAACUCUACUACACAAGACAAAGAUCCUGAUUCUGGACGAAGCCACGGCAGCCGUGGAUGUAGAGACAGAUGAACUGAUCCAGAGGACGAUUAAAGCAGAGUUCAGUGACUGUACUGUACUGUCUAUAGCUCAUAGACUCAACACUGUGAUGGAUUACGAUAGAAUAAUGGUAAUGGACAAAGGAUUGAUAGUUGAGUUUGGUGCCCCUAAAAAACUACUGGAAGAUAAAUCCGGGGUCUUCUACUCGAUGGCUAAAGCUGCAAACCUCGUUAACUAACAUAUUUUAUCUAGAAUCAUUACAGUACUGUGAAAUCACUUAUUUUGAUGGCCUUUCAUUAUUGUUGUUUUCAAGGUAUGAAGAGAUUCCCAUCUCGAAUAUUUCAUAUACAUCACUACAGAACAAUUCUUCAACAACGAAAUAAAAUCCCAUGAACCAAUAUAUUUUCCUCAUAUUGCGAAAAAAUUACCCCUCGAAAAUAUGUGAUUUUACAGUAUUUAUUUUGUUGCUGUUGCUCAAUA